UCGGUGUGGCCGCUGUGUGGACACAGACGGUGCGAGGUGUGCGGAGACGGGAAGAGACUUCGGUACCAGAACAACACACUCCCUUUGUCGACUCAGCAGGGAGGGAUAAGUUCAUCCAUCUUCCGUCUUUAUCAUAAUUACCCAUAUUCGCACCAGGGCUCCAUCGGUCUGCCACAAUGACCGAGUUCGCCAAAAGUUUGUUCCAUGCGAAAUGUCCAUCUCCUACGCAGAUUCCCGGCGGUUCGCAGCAGAAUCGAGAGGCUGCUAAUAUUUUCUAUGACCCAGAUGCCACGCCGACUGCGUCUUCUGGCCCAUCUCCUUCUUCGAGCUUUGGUUCCUUUCGAAAACCAACACUGUUAGAUUAUCGGCAGCCGUCCAUUCCACAUUUGGGCCUGAGUAAAUUAAACAACUCUAACCAAUCCUUGGCAGUUGAUAAAUCCUCCGGUCUUAAAAACAAAGUCCAUUCUGACUCACAUUUGCGUACUAAAAACAACACGUCCAACGAAGACGUCGCAAACGGUUCAUUCCCUCCAACAUAUGGCCGUUUAACAGUGAAACUGUGUGAGGCCCGUGACCUUCUUAUAUCUGAAUCACGAGCCGAGCCGUAUGCGGUGAUUUCAUAUGAAAAGAACGACUUCGUAGUCGACGCCAACACGUCUCAAGCUCCAUUGUCAUCAUCACUUUCGAGCCGCAGUAUUUCCAUUCCCUGUAGACCGCGGCCGAUUGCGGAUCCAAGUCAUCACAACUCGUACACACAGCUGCACUCACUCGAUCUUUCGUACUCUGCCUUACGGUGUCCCAAGUGGAACCGUGAAGUCGUGUUCGAUGUCGCCAGACCGAGCGGUGAACUUUACAUCAAUCUGUAUGACCGCUGCAGACACGACGCCUUUCUCGGCGGUGUGCGUAUUAAGCCGGUAUUUGUGCAUGAGUACAUGCAUGAAUCAUGGUACAAGCUUGAACCAUUUGACAUGGGCAUCCCCAUGGACGGGGAGAUCUUGGUUCAGACGAUAUUCGAGCGUGUUGAACACAAGCACUACGGUCCCGAGGACUUUAAGGUGCUACGCCUGGUUGGAAAAGGAACCUUCGGACAGGUUUACCAAGUCAUGAAAAAGGACACAAAGCGUAUUUACGCGAUGAAAAAACUUUCAAAGAAACUCAUCAUUCGGAAAAAGGAAGUCGCACACACCAUUGGCGAGCGAAACAUUCUUGUGCGCACGACGAUGGAGGAGUCGCCAUUCAUCGUGUCACUAAAGUUCUCCUUUCAAACAGCUACCGAUCUGUACCUAGUGACUGAUUAUUUAAGCGGAGGCGAGCUCUUCUGGCACUUACAGCAUGAAGGCAAGUUUCCUGAACCCCGUGCGAAGUUUUAUAUUGCAGAACUCGUCCUGGCCCUUGAACAUCUGCACAAACACAACAUUGUAUACCGGGAUCUGAAACCCGAGAACAUUUUACUGGAUGCGAAUGGCCAUAUUGCUCUUUGUGAUUUUGGCUUAUCCAAAGCAAACCUGUCCACGAAUUCUACGACAAACACCUUUUGUGGUACGACGGAAUACCUUGCUCCUGAAGUCUUACUGGAAGAGGGUGGUUAUACCCGGAUGGUUGAUUUUUGGUCUCUAGGUGUACUGGUUUUCGAGAUGUGUUGCGGCUGGAGCCCAUUCUAUUCCGAAGAUACGCAACAGAUGUAUCGGAACAUUGCCUUUGGUAAGGUUCGCUUCCCCAAGGAUACACUUUCUCAGGAGGGUCGUAACUUUGUCCGGGGAUUAUUAAAUCGUAACCCUCGACAUCGGUUAGGCGCGAUUGGCGACGCGGAGGAGUUAAAGGAGCAUCCUUUUUUUAGCGACAUUGACUGGGAUGCUCUCGCGAAGAAAAAAGUUAAACCGCCAUAUAAACCGCAUGUAUCUAGCGAGGACGACGUAUCGAAUUUCGAUACCGAAUUCACCAGCACAAAUGUGUCUCGAUUGAACGAUCACAACGACCUUGCUCAAGCGAGCACUCCCAUCUCAGAUACAAUGCAAGACAGAUUUAGGGGCUUCACGUUUGUCGACGACGAUGAGGCUCUUAAUGAAGAACUCGAUAACCUUUCUCUCACCCACCACACUGACGAACACGAUGCUAGUCAUACAUCGCUCUCGAACUCCUCCAAUUUGACUCGCAGUACGACGCUCAAUCUGCAAUCCAACGGUGAUGAUGAUGAUGAGACAAGUCUUUUUGGAUCAAAGUUCGAUACUUAGGUUGAAAACGAUUUGAUUAAUCACCGUGUGCGCUUCACGGUUUUCGUCUCCUUAUCCUUUAUAUAUUCCUAUGCUUAUGACAAACUAGCUUUAUCAACCUUACGGUUUCUGUUGCUUUACAUUCUCAUACACUCGACUCUUUUUAGCCUGAUGCACAUUUACGGGUCCUUUGUCGUUUCUACGUUUUUGUUGUGUUUUCUUCGUACAGAAAGAUACAGGCGUUCGAUUCUUGUUACUUAACUGACGCUUACUUAGCUGGUCUGCACUAAAAUGUCUAAGCCUUUAUCAUGACACACAUACACAACUACCGGGCUUGAUCCUCAAACAAGGUUUGUUUCCCUUGUAUUAUAUUAUGGUUGGUAAACGCAUGCGUUGUCAUUCACACUUUUGUUUUUGAAAAGUAUACCUUCCUCGAACUCUCUCGUUCAUGACUCCCUUUUAUCGUUUUUAUUUCUAUAUUCCGCAACCCAUCUUCCAUUCUCUUUUUUACUCAAGCCUUUUUUACCAUUGUUGACUCAAUCGCUUUUACCGUCCAAAUUUGGGCUUACUAUAUGUCUUUUCCUUUUUUGUUUCACACUGUUGUUCGCUUGCCAUCCUUUCACUAUCUAUUCCUUCAAAGCUUGCGACUUUCCCAGUUGUAUUAUUUCACAUACUAGUAAUGUUUUUCUAUAAUAGCAAAUCCGAAUUUGGUCCACA